UGCGCCCCGCCCCCCUCAGUGACGUCACCGCAUUCCGGCCCCGCUCCUCCUGCCGCGGCGCCAGCACCGCAGUGACAGCGAGCCGGGCCCGGUGGCGGAGAGGAAGUGUGGUCCGCGCCAAGCCCGUCCCCGCCGACGCCGGCUCCCCGCGGCUCGGGUGACAGCGUCGCGGCCGCCGGGCGCAGCGCGGGGCAGGCGCGGGCAGAGCCGAGCGCAGCGGAGGCUCCGGCGGAGGCGCGGGGAAAAUGGCUGAUGACUUUGGCUUCUUCUCGUCGUCGGAGAGCGGGGCCCCGGAGGCGGCGGAGGAGGACCCGGCGGCCGCCUUCCUGGCCCAGCAGGAGAGCGAGAUCGCAGGCAUAGAGAACGACGAGGGCUUUGGAGCACCUGCCGGCGGCCAUGCGGCCCCCCCGCAGACGGGCCCCGCGAGUGGGGCUGGUUCUGAGGAAAUGGGGACCACAGUCAAUGGAGAUAUGUUUCAGGAGGCCAAUGGUCCUGCUGACGGCUACGCAGCCAUUGCUCAGGCUGACAGGCUGACCCAGGAGCCUGAGAGCAUCCGAAAGUGGCGAGAAGAGCAGAGGAAACGGCUGCAAGAGCUGGAUGCUGCAUCUAAGGUGACAGAACAGGAGUGGCGGGAGAAGGCCAAGAAGGACCUGGAGGAGUGGAACCAGCGCCAGAGUGAACAAGUAGAGAAGAACAAGAUCAACAACCGGAUCGCUGACAAAGCAUUCUACCAGCAGCCGGAUGCUGAUAUCAUCGGCUAUGUGGCAUCCGAGGAGGCUUUCGUGAAGGAAUCCAAGGAGGAGACCCCAGGCACAGAGUGGGAGAAGGUGGCCCAGCUAUGUGACUUCAACCCCAAGAGCAGCAAGCAGUGCAAAGAUGUGUCCCGCCUGCGCUCGGUGCUCAUGUCCCUGAAGCAGACGCCACUAUCCCGCUAGGUGCCUGCUAUAACAUGGCCACAGAGCAAGGGCGGGGCCUGGGCAGAGGAGGAGUAGCUGCUUCGGUCGGGGCAGAGACUCCCAGCAGCUGCUCCCCAGAGCCUAUUCUGCUCCUCCCAUCUCUAGGGGCUGGGAGGGAAUGCCUCCCCACACCUCUCAUCCCUCACUCCUUCUCAGCCCUAUGGUCCACUCCCUCAUGCCUCGUCUCAGUCCACUCAGUUGUGACUGUCCCUCCUGAUGUAUUUUUUUCUUGGCUUAAAGGGUGUGUUGUUAA